AAACUAACCCUAACAGAAAAGGGCAGAAAAUAUCUAUACUAGUCAAGUCCAGCAUCACCGCGCAUGCCCAGUUCAUUGCUAAGGAAGAAAGGGGAAAAUGUCUCUGGCGAGCUUUUUACCGGCGCCGACCCAGCUGUCUCAGGACCAGCUGGAGUCAGAGGAGAGGCUCCGGGCCCAGACGUCCUACUCGACCGCCCUGGUCUCGUCCCGCAGGGAGCCCCCUCCUUAUGGACACAGAAAAGCCUGGGUGCCUCGCUCACUUGAGGACUUUGGAGAUGGAGGAGCUUUCCCAGAGAUCCACGUGGCCCAGUUUCCUCUGGAGAUGGGUAGGAAGAAGAAGACAUCCAAUGCCCUGGCGGUGCAGGUGGAUGCAGAAGGAAAGAUCAAAUAUGAUGCCAUCGCCCGACAGGGACAGGGCAAGGAUAAGGUGAUCUUCAGUAAGUACACAGACCUUCUUCCAAAGGAAGUUCUGAAUGAAGACACGCCAGAACUACAGAAGCCUGAUGAGGAGGCCGUAAAAGAGCUGACAGAGAAGACCCGCAGUGCCCUGGACAAGGCGGUGUCUCAAAAGAUUGCUGCUGCCAUGCCUGUAAGAGCUGCAGACAAGCAAGCUCCUGCACAGUACAUCAGAUACACCCCGUCCCAGCAGGGAGUGGCUUUUAACUCCGGGGCCAAACAGAGAGUGAUCCGCAUGGUGGAAAUGCAGAAAGAUCCGAUGGAACCGCCACGUUUCAAGAUCAACAAGAAGAUUCCUCGAGGACCUCCUUCUCCCCCUGCCCCUGUCAUGCAUUCCCCAAGCAGAAAGAUGACAGUCAAGGAGCAGCAGGAGUGGAAGAUUCCUCCAUGCAUCUCCAACUGGAAAAACGCUAAGGGCUACACCAUUCCUCUUGACAAACGUCUGGCUGCUGAUGGUAGGGGGCUGCAAACCGUUCACAUCAAUGAAAACUUUGCGAAGCUGGCUGAGGCGCUCUACAUCGCUGAUAGAAAGGCCAGAGAGGCAGUGGAGAUGAGAGCCCAGGUAGAGAAGAAGAUGGCCCAGAAGGAGAAGGAAAAGAAGGAGGAGAAACUGAGGGAACUGGCCCAAAUGGCUCGAGACCGCAGGGCAGGGAUCAAAAGUCACGGGGACAAAGCAGGUGGCGAGGACACCGAGGUCAGGGAGCGUGACGAGAUCCGCCAUGACAGAAGGAAAGAGAGACAGCACGACAGGAACAUUUCCAGGGCUGCUCCUGAUAAGAGGUCGAAGCUGCAGAGAGAUCAGGACAGGGACAUUAGCGAGCUCAUCGCUCUGGGCGUGCCCAACCCUCGUUCUGCCAGUGAGGCGCAGUAUGACCAGCGACUCUUCAAUCAGAGCAAGGGUAUGGAUAGUGGUUUUGCCGGUGGUGAGGAUGAGACGUACAACGUGUACGACCAGCCGUUCCGCGGCAGCAGAGACAUGGCUUCAAACAUCUACCGGCCCAGCAAGAAUAUAGAGAAGGACACCUACACAGAUGACUUCGACACACUCAUGCAAAACAACAGGUUUGUUCCAGACAAAGAGUUCUCAGGUGCCGACCACGGGCAGAGGCGGGAAGGUCCAGUCCAGUUUGAGGAGGAUCCCUUCGGACUGGACAAGUUCUUGGAGGAGGCCAAGCAGCACGGCGGCUCCAAGAGGCCGUCCACCAGCAGCCGCUCAAAGGACGACUACCACGACAAGAAACGCAGGAAGGAGUGAGAGCGGCCGGGCACAGACUCCACGUAGGGCAGCCGCUAGCUUGUUCCAGGAUGGGGAGGUAGUCUGCAUCCUCGCAAAGGCUGAGAGGUGUUUUAAUAUGCUCAAGUCUCUAUCAGAAAUGAUGUGUCAGGUUUUCUUUCAGUUUGAGAGAAGGUGAUAGAUGUAUUUUUUCUCCUUUUUUGUUAUUUUUUUACUUGUUUACUUGGCUCUAUUCAGACUAGGCUGAGCAUUCAGUGUCAUGCUUAAUAUGACAUGAGUAAACACGUUCCAUAUAUAGCGCAGGUGGUGCUAAACAAAAAGCUGUUGUAUGUGUGAGAUCAGCCUCUGCAUCUGAAAACGUCUCUGUACACUGCAGCAAAGUCCUUUCAAAUGUGGACAGUGAGAAUUUGGCUCUGGAAAUGUGUAGAUUUUAGAUAUAUAACAUAUAUACAGAGUAAACCCAACAGAAACUCAGCAGGACCUGUUCAUAUUUACUUUAUUUUCUCAUUUCUUCCCACAUUCCCCCCCCUUGAGUUUUUGUCAACUGUGUUUAUUUAACGGUGUAUUUGUGAGCACAGUUAAAGUUCUUAUUUGAUGGCAGAUACAGUAUGUACAGCAGUAUGAACCUUUCUGUAAGAAGUGAAGCAAACCAGGUUUAUAAUUCUUGUACAUUACAACCAAUGGAAUAAAUUUCAUAUAAUCGUGUGUAAUUUGGAAA